CCCAGCCCAAACCUCACGCAGGCUGAGCUCGGCGAGCCCGUGCUGGAGACGGUGCUGGAGGCCGGAGACCUGCUGUACUUCCCCCGCGGCUUUAUCCACCAGGGUGACUGUCUCCCUGACGCGCACUCGCUCCACAUCACUGUGUCUUCCUACCAGAGGAACUCCUGGGGGGACUUCCUGGAGAAGCUUCUUCCAGCUGCCCUGCAGAUGGCCGUGGAGGAGGACGUGGAGUACCGGCUGGACUACCUGGGGUACAUGGGGGUCGCCAACUCGGACGCAGUCGACACUCGCCGAACGGCUUUUAUGGAGAAGGUGCAGAGCCUGAUAAAGAAACUCAUUCACUAUGCACCCAUUGAUGCUGCCGUGGAUCAGAGAGCCAAGGCGUUUCUUCAUGACUGUCUCCCCCCAGUCCUUACGCAAAGUGAAAAGGCGCGGAGUGUGUAUGGCUUCCCGGCCCGGUGGCAAAAUGGAGGCCCCUGCGAUGUCGAUAUACUGAUAACAAAAGACACAGAAGUACGUCUCCUCCGCCAUGGCGUCGUUAGAUUGUGUAAUGAGGAAGCCGGUGUGAUGCUGUAUUACACAACAGAAAACUCAAGAGUGUAUCACAAGGAAGAACCCAAGUUCCUUGAGCUAGAUCCCGAGUAUACAGAGAGUAUUGAAUUUCUCCUGUCCUCCUAUCCAAACCACGUCAGUGUGGAUACCCUUCCAUGUGAAACCUUGGAGGACAAGAUUUCUCUAGCCACGCUCCUGUUUGAGAAGGGCAUUUUGACUACGAAGAAGCCUCUGGUGCAAGUGUAACUCUUACUUUUUAACAAAAUACAUUUUAACAAAAUAAAUGCAUUUGUUUAGAAA